AAGUGCGUCUCGCGUGCGCGAGUGGAGACCACGGCCAGCCAAACACGCUCAGGUGCGUCAAAACUCGCGCUGCUGUCCGUCGAGAGGAGCGAGCGAGAGCGGGAGAGGAAGAGAGAGGGGGAAUCACGGAGGGUCAGCGAGCGAGCGAGCGAGAAGGAUAGAGAUAGAGAGAAGUAGAAAAACUCGGACUGUACGUUUCGUCACGUUUCUGAGCCGGAGACCGCGAACCGCGAGCCGUCCGCGGUGGCGAAACGACGGCGGGACGGUCGAGAGGACGAUUGGUUCGAUAGCUCGAUAGGCGAACGGGCUCGAGGACGCCGCGCCGUUGCGCACCGUUGCUGGACCUUACGAAAGUUGCGCGAUUCCCUGGCAGUGGAGGAGAAAGAAAUCGCAACGUAACUGAAUAAGGGUCUAAAGGUUCUGGCGGAAGAGGAAGAGGGAGUGAGAGAGAGAGAGAGAGAGAGCGAGGAGAGAGCGACAAGCGGCGAAGCGAGGAGAGAGCGACAAGCGGCGAAGCGAGGAGAGUGGGAGACGGAGGCAGGGAAGUAAAGAAGAGAGAGCGAGGCUCGCGCGAUCGUGGGGUCGUCGACGGGCGCUUUGCACGGAGAGAAUCCCGCGGCGAGGGAUGGCCUCGGUGGAUCGCUAUCGCGCAGGCAACCCAACCUAAAAGUAGCGCCGAGCUGUACCUUCGAGGUUAUGUGCCGUUGAGCGGAGCUCGCGCGAGACCGAGCGGCCGAGGUGGAGAGAGAAAGAGAGAGAGAGAGAUAGAAACACAUCGUAAGUCUGCAAACGGGACGCGACGUUCGGUCCGAGGAUGCCGUAUCGGUAACGCCGCACCGGGGAUCGUAUCGAUCCAGCGACGAGUGUUUCGCGUUUCACGCGACGUGAAAGAGAGGAUGCGUCACCUCGCGACGAUCAACGGCCGAGUUGUUGCCAAGGUUUCCCGUGAAAUCGUUGCCCCUGCUAACGUAGUCGCGCGCGUACGGCGAGAGGGAGAAAAAGAGGAGUCGCUGACGAGAUGCCCGGUAACGAGCCGUAAGGCUAGUCCGCACGCGUAGGAGCGCGAUCGCACUCGAUCCGUCAGUCGCCGAACGAUCAUGUAAUCGCUCGUCGCUGGCGAGAGAGAGAGAGAGAGAGAGAGAGUGAGGCACUUAACGUUUCGACAACGAAUUCGCUAUUUUUGUAUAAUUCAAGUUAAUUAUUCUUAAGUGAUGGACAGAGUGAUGCGCGGCGAUCGCGUCGCGCCGGCUUGCAAUUCGAUUUUGUGCCGACGAUUUGUUCUUAGAUACGCUUUCCGCGAGAGACGUGAGUAAACCGUGAGCCGCCGGCGCCAGGGUUGACUUGCACUUAACCGUCGCGCUACCGAUAUCGUUUAAAGCUUGGGUAAAUGUUUACGACAGAGGUUCAUGUGAAUGGAUGAUGCUCGGAGGCGAUGAACGGCAUGGAGAGGCAUGGUCAUGGACAUGGACAUUCGCACGCGCACUCGCAUCGUCAUCGCCAUUCCCAUGGCAGUUCUCAGAGCACGUCGCAGAACUCGUCGAGCCAGCCGUCCGCGAAGCACGGCCACGGCCACGUGACGCACUCGCAGAAGGACGCAGCCGCGCCACCAGCGACCCCGAAGGCCCAGAGGAACUUCAAGCUGCUGGUCGAUCCGUUUUUAGUUAAGGGAGCCACGAAACUCUGCAGAUACGAUGGCACCGUCCCGGGAGACCCAACGUAUCCACAGGUUCAGCCCCGAGAUCCCAGGUCGCAAUUGACGAGGAUCUGGACUCGGCUCGAGCAGCUCGACCUACCUGUACCUAGAUUUAAGAUCGAUUCCAAUUACUGCGGCGAGCCACCGCCGCUGGAAGUGACGUUUUGUCACUUGAACGACAAUAUCGAUAAGACGUUCUUGAUGAACAUGGUUCAGAAAUUCGGAUCUAUAGAAGAGCUUACUAUUUAUUACCACCCGUUAACCAAUAAACAUCUAGGCAUAGCGAGAGUGGUGUUCGAGUCGACCAAGGCAUCCAAGGCGUGUGUGGAAAAGUUGAAUAACACAUCUGUGAUGGGGAAAGUGCUGAGGGUUUUCCUGGAUCCCUUCGGGGAAGAGUGCAAAAAGAUGUUCGACGAAUUGACCGUGGAGAAGAAGCCCGAGAAGAAGGUGGAGAAGGAGGUACCCAAGCCACCGGAGUCUGAGCCGGAGAAACAUCAGACGCCGGUGGAGAAACCUGUGCCGGAGGAGAGAGACGACUUUAGGAACACUAAGAAACCUAUUCCAAGUAUCGAGAAGAGCAGAGAGCCGUACGUGGAAAACUCGAGAUACAAAUAUAGGGACUAUCCCACGCCGAGCGGCAGUACGGGUAGUGAUUUGGGUUACGGAACAGCGCCCAGUGAACUGAAUUAUUCUAGUAAUUAUUCGCAAAAUUCCACCCCGGCCACGAACUACGAUUUCUACUACAGUAGUUAUCAUCAUCAACCUCCGAGCAGCUACCUGGCCAGCAUCCCGCAGAACGUCUCGCAGAAUAUAUCGCAGAAUAUAUCUAUUCAGCAGAACUCAAAUGUAUGGUGGGGCAAUAAUUCUGGAUCGGCGAGCUACUCGACCUCGACUUCUGUCUGGCCGAUUCAACAGCACGCGACAAAUUUGGACUGCGCCGGUUCUAACGUGACGCCGAUUAAUAACAAGACUUCCAGCGCGAAAGCGCAUCACACUCCUAAAAAGGAGAAGGAGAAUCAGAAUCAGACUACGGCGAAGAGCGUCACGCCGCGCGACUCCCCCGACGAGACUCGCAAGACGCUAGAUUUAGAUACUAGAAUCGCCAUGUUACUAAAGGACAAAGCGGGCGGGAUGGCGCCUCCUUUUUUACAAUUCGGCAGCGACUCCGAGGACGACAAGAAAUCUCAACACGGUGAAAAUGAGAUGCUGUCCGAGCCCCCCAGCCCCUUUCUAUCGCAGGAGAUAUACAAGCUGUGCUUCGACAAGGUAGUGGAGAGAAAUAAAGAACGCAGGAAAGCUCACGAGAACAACACCUGUCAGUUCUCCGUGGACGAGGACUUGGGUAGCGUCAUAAGUUCCAGUGAAGACGAGGCGUUGUUAGGUAGCUACAGUCCAGCGCCUGACGAUCACGAACCAGAGCCACCUAAGGAACCGCCUCCGCCUCCGCCACCCGACGACGACAGAAUGUCUCUGAGUCCUUUGAGUUCGGGAGAUGAGAAGAUUGAGGAAGUAAUAGCACAGACUGAACCUUCGAAUCAACUAUACCCCGCAGCUGGUUAUCCAGGACACUUGACCCACUACCCCUCUAAUGACGUUUACAAUUGGCCGCGACCGUCGCAGUAUCCUUAUCCUUAUGGAACGACUUAUUUACAGAGCCAUUAUCAGCCAAACACGACGUCCUUCUCGGCAACAAUUGGAAAUCAUCAAGGGACAAAUUAUUACUCAUCUUUUCAAUCUCGGUUACAUGCUAUGGCGAACUAUAGCAUCACGAAAGAUCCACAGGGACCCACCAUCAAUGGAGUGUUGAGCAGAGUUGUGAAUGAACUGAAGCAAAUUCUAAAGAAGGAUUUUAAUAAGAAGAUGAUAGAAAAUACGGCGUUCAAAUUGUUCGAGGUUUGGUGGGAUGAAAAGAAAUCGGAAAAGAGUCAAACUCAGGGUAGCGGCGACAACAUUAUUGUCAAUAACACGACGAAAGAGGAUGUGAAGCCGCAAGGAUUGUCGUCGUUGUUGGAGCAAGCGACGCCAUUAGGGCUCAAUUACGAUGGUUUUGGUUUAGGUAUCAGAGCUAGUAUGCCAAAGAUGCCUUCAUUCAGGCGCAAGAUCAAAGCUCCAAGCCCAUUGCCGCAGGAUGAGGAUAGCCGACAGUCAGGUCACGCUGAUGUAGAAACGAUCGAAAGCGACAGUGACCUGGAUGUACCGCCUGUACAAAAAACGAAGAAACCGAUUACUUCUCUUCCGACCGUUUCUUCCUCGUCUACCGCGUCUUCGUCAGUCGAAAGUAGUAGCGAGGAGAUUAGUUCCAGUGAAUCUUCCGACAGUUCGAAUGAAAGUACUGAUGAAGAAGCCUUCGAAGAUGAGCAAGACACAGAUAGCCGAAUGUCCGAUCAUAGACCUUUGGCGUGUAACAGCGAGGAUCCUGACGUACUAAUGGAACUCGCGAUCCAAAGGUCUCUGGACUGUCCCACGCCAAUCGGCAGAGAAACGCCGGUGCCGGAUAUCAAAAUUAAAGAUCAAAAUUCAACCGAGUUCCCACAGAUUGAGGACGGUGACAAUCUGGGUGGUUCGUUGGCUUUGCCAAUAAAAUACGAGAGCGUUAAAGAGGAGGAAAGAAUUUCUGAAAAGUUGUCGGUAACGGAAGAAAAACCGUUUGACGCGUGUAGAACUUUGGACAAGGAGAUGAAGGAUAUACCGAGAAUUACCGAGGAUAAAGGAACGCAGAGCAACUUGAAACUUAUAAUACCGGUAACGUCGGUAAUUGUUAAAGAAGAGAUGAUACCGGAUAUACAAAAAAUGGAAAAUUCGGCCGCAGAAGCUCUGAUGACUCUAGCUGGACGAGAUAACAUUAUACGCCAUAGGAGUCCUGGUCCUAUGCAGCCUAAUAUUAUCAGAGCGCUGCAGACAAUGUCAGCGAGAUACAUCAAUGACGAACCUAUCCUGAGGGAUAACGAGAAGAUAGAGAUGUUUAGCGAAAUUCCUACCACCGACUCGGAGGAGGAGAGCUUAGAAAUCAGAAGAUUAAGGUAUCAAGCAGAGACAGAGCUUCGAUUGAAUGGACAGCGAACACCGAGUUCGCCUGGUUCUCAAGCUUCGCAAGUGUAUAUGGAGCACUCGUAUUCAUUGCCACCCACACAACCCGAGCUCGUGGAACCCGUUAUCCGUGUACCAGCAGCCUCGAUGAAGAUGAAGCACCCGAAAAUUGUCAAAUUAACGAAAUCGAAGGACAAUACUCACAAAAUCGAGAAGCAGAAAUCUAAGAAAUAUACAAAAGUACACAGUGGUCAUCAGAACCACGUGGGCGAGAAGGAGAAUAUCCGAAAUGACUAUAUAUAUGACAAAAUUAUUAAGCAGGUUCCAGAGCCGACUGUCACGUACAAAGAACGAGAUCUUAUGUCGGAAAUGGCUAUUUUGUACGAGUUUUUAACUAGGGGAAUAGACGCGGAGGACGUAGAAUACUUGAGAAGAAGUUACGAGGCUUUGUUAGCGGACGAUACUCAAGGUUACUGGUUGAAUGACACGCAUUGGGUCGAUCAUCCGCCGACAGAUGUACCGAGUCCUGCAAAGAAGAGAAAACGAGACGAGCUCCGAUUGCACGCAAGUGGAAGCGCUAGAACGGAAGGAUAUUACAAAGUUGACAUCAGAGAGAAGGCUAAACAUAAACAUCAUUAUGCUCAAAGUAUACAACGUAGCAACGACGUGGAGGACAGUGGCGGUUCUUACAUCGGAGGUGACGGUGUGAUGAAUGGUCCAAAGAAUAAUUCUAAAGCGUUGACCGGCAAAAUGCAAGCGUUGUCACGCGAGGCACGAAGCAAUCAACGCCGGUUGUUAACAGCUUUCGGAAUUGACACGGACAGUGAUCUCCUUAAGUUUAAUCAAUUAAAGUUCCGUAAGAAACAGUUGAAAUUUGCCAAGUCUGGUAUUCACGAUUGGGGCUUGUUUGCCAUGGAACCAAUCGCGGCCGAUGAAAUGGUUAUCGAGUAUGUGGGACAAAUGGUUAGACCGGUUGUGGCCGAUCUACGAGAAGCCCAAUAUGAAGCCACUGGAAUCGGUAGUUCUUACCUCUUCCGCAUCGAUUUAGAUACCAUUAUCGAUGCGACAAAGUGCGGCAAUUUGGCGAGGUUCAUAAAUCACAGUUGCAAUCCAAAUUGUUACGCAAAAGUAAUCACGAUCGAAAGCCAAAAGAAGAUCGUAAUCUACAGUAAGCAACCGAUAGGAGUUAACGAGGAAAUAACUUAUGAUUAUAAAUUUCCAUUGGAGGAUGACAAAAUCCCUUGCCUUUGUGGAGCUCCUCAAUGCCGGGGUACCCUCAACUGAAUUGUUCAUUCUUUUUCUUGUCUUCUACACUUCAUCACACCCUACUCAUAUUUUUGUAAAUAUUUCCCCAUGUAAACAUUUUAUAAAAAUGCAAUGGAAAAUGCUAAAUUAUGUUAAGAUGCGUUUCUUCCUACUUUAUUACGAGACCCCUCUGAUCCGGCGUGCGGACUUCAACAGGUGAGAUAAAUGUAUGAAUCAUUACCACCGUGUGUUAUCUUGCAGCGUCUCCUUUUUGUAUUCAUCGUCGACCGCUGAACAUAUUAACCGAACAUUUCAAGACAUAUAAUUGGGAUUGUAUUUAGUGCAAUCGUACUUGCAAUUAUAAGCAAUGUAAAUAUUCUAUAUGUAUCAUAUACAGAGUGACUUUCAAUAUUGUAUGUCAAUGAUUUACAGAGUGAACUUACAGUGCAAAAUGAGAGAAGAAUGUUAUACGAACAUAGCUUUAGGUUUUAUUUUUCAAGUUAUAAUAAAAAUUUAAGAAAAU